AUCAAGAAAUUUGACGGUCCCAAUCACACCUGUAUUGUGGCAACGAUGAUCAAAGUUAGCGCAGAAAACACCUGAUCCACAAAGCAAUUUACAGGAAUUCUCUCUCCCGUCCUUUUUUUUCUAACUACGUGUUCUACACGUCUGGAAAGAAAAAAGGCUUAUACUUACCUGUCUUGCUUAAACUAAAAGCACUGGAGAAUACAGGAGUUCUGAUCAUCGUAAUUAUAACUAUGGCUUUACAAUUGUCUUUGAUCACUCUCUUCCUUUUCUUCAGCUUAGUUUCUAGCGAGAUAAUACUGGAAGAGGGGUACACGGUGACCACAGUGAUCGACUGCCACAAGCUGAAGAUAUUUCCAUAUUCAGUCCUAGCUCUUCCUGGCUCCUCUGAUCUGCUGGUCCUUGAUUCUUUCAACAGUCACCUCUACACUGUAUCAUUUCCCCUCUCUAACGAAAGCGAGGUAAAACGGAUAUCAUCAGGAGAAGGAAAGGCGGGUCUUUGGGACGGAGAAUUGGGCCAGGCCCGAUUCAAUAACCCGAGAAGCUUUGCACUCGACGCUAAAGGCAACGUUUAUGUCGCUGAUAGGGGCAACCACGUCAUUAGGAAAAUCACCCCCUCAGGUGCUGUGACGACGAUCGCCGGCGGUUACUCAAAGACAGUAGGCAACAAAGACGGGCCGGCGCAGAACGCAACAUUUUCUAAUGAUUUUGAGUUAGCUAUAGUCGCGGAGAGAUGCAUUUUACUGGUUGUGGAACGCGGCAGUCAAUCGGUUCGCCAGAUUGAUCUCAACCCGGCGGAUUGCGCCACAAGCUCUCCAUCAGGGCAAAUUUUCGGGCUUGGAGCAGUUACAAUUUGGACCCUAGGUCUGGGACUUUCAUGUUUACUGGGCUUAUUUAUGGGGAUUUUACUUCGCCCUUAUAUCAUCCCCCAUACAGGAAGGCCUCACCCUCAUCAGAUUCAGCAAGAUAUGGAACCAUUGCGUAAUCAAUUUGGGGAAACAAGUAGCGAUACUCUGCUACGACAUCAAAAGCGCAGUUGCUAACUCCAAGCUUUAUCUAUUUAUGCUGAAGCUCUUUUGGUUGUGCCUUUCUCACAUGUCUCUUUUGUUUAGUGUUAAUUUUGUGGAAUAUCGUACUUCAGAAAAGGAUAUUGUUUCUUUGCUUGAUUCCGAUGACUUGAGUAAUCCUGAGGUAAAAAAGUCACGGAUUUUUUCUGAUCAAUUGAAAGAUUUGAUCUGUUGUGAUGAAAACCUAGAGUUGCCAUACACAUCUGAGUUCAUUUUCAAGCAAGGAGAUGGGAAUCAAAAUGGCAGUACCGUGUUAGCUGACUGCCAUGGAAGGAUAGACGCAUUGAUACAAGCUAACGUUAUGGAGUUUGCAAACGAAGCUGAAGAAACUACUGCAAUAGUGAAGCCAGGUGCGAGCAGCUCACGUUUAGUGAAGAGAAGAUGAAUGAAGUAGGAAUGUAAAUUCUGUAUCUUAGAUGCCUAGGUAUUGUUAUGGGCUUUGUAAUACGAGAAUCGGUGAUAAUCCUUGAUAUUCAACUAUCUAAACAUGGUUGUGCCUGAUGAAACUACUGUAUACAUUGCUAAAUAUCAGUGGGUUUACGCUUCCAAA